AUAUAAAUGUCAUUUAAUGACAAAUAUAUUGGCGGGAACUCUUUUGUUAUUCUUUGUAAUAAAAUGUAAUUUCGUCAAAUCAACAAUUUAACGAUGAGCGAAACACACGAUCCAUUAGAUUUGUUGCUAUUGGCAGCAAAUGAAGAACUUGAGGUACCCAAUAAACAGAAAAUUUUACAAGAAACUGAUUUAUUUUGUAAAGAAACAAAUUUACCAAGUUCCGGUCAAAUUAAAACUUCAAAUAAAAGUUUAUUACACAACGGAGAUACAGAUUCUUCAGAUGACGAAGAUAGAAGAAACUGGGAAGACAAGAAAUACCUCGAAAGUGGUCGUGAAAUAAAAAAAAUAUUAGACGUUCAUACUAAAAUAGGUACCAAGACGAAUAGAUUAUCUCGAGUAUCAGACUGGAAGAAACCUCCUCAUAAAAUCUCAAAUAUAGUUCAAAGUUCGAAUAAUGAAGCUACAAAAAUUGACGUAUACACGGAUCCUAUAUUUGGUUUACGUAUUAUCAACCCUCUGGUAUCUUCAGCAGUUUUAAGAGAUCGUAUGAUAGGACGUGAAGCCGUACAUUUCAAUAAGUUGAAUCGAUUUUUAGAAAUAAAAUCACAAGAUAAAGAUUGGGUCAUAGCUGGUGUUAUAGUUCAUAAAAGUGCCCCUAAAACUUCACAAAAAGGCAAUCAAUUCAGCGUAUGGACUUUGAGUGAUUUAAAAGAUGAUAUUAAAACUGUGGCAGUCUUUCUCUUCAGUGGAGCUCAUAAACAACUUUGGAAAACAACUGUUGGUACAGUCGUGGGGCUACUCAAUCCUAAUGUAUUAGAUAAGAAAGACGGUAAAGAUGAGGCUAGUCUUAGUAUAAUGAAUGCGCAAAAAGUAAUGAUUUUUGGACAGUCGAAAGAUUUUGGAACUUGUAAAAGUGUAAAAAAAAACGGUGAUAAAUGUAAUUCAAUAGUAAAUACAAGUAGAUGCGAAUACUGCAUUUACCACAUUAAACAAGAGUAUCAAAAAUGUAGCGGAAGAUCAGAUUUACAAUCGUCUUUUACCGGUAAAGGUCUCACUGCACUCAGAAAUAAAGUACUUGGUAAAAACGAGGUUUUUUACGCUGGAAAGUCGUAUAUGGCAGUUCCCGCUAAGAGGAGCUCUAAAUUAGAAAAUAAAGAUAACACUCGAUUGAAUAAUUUGAGUGGAAAGUGUAGCGUACAGAAUCCUGUGAAAGCAAAUUUUAAAAAGAAAGGUAACGCUGCGAGAUUGGAAAUAUCCCAAACGCAAAGAUUGAAUGACAUUAGAUUAUUACAAAAAUUGAAUGGUACUAAAGAUGUAACUGAAAAUAAAAAUGUCCAAGCCAAACAUUCCGCUCAUAUAACUGUAGAAGACGCUAAAAACCUGGCUACUUCAGUUUUAAGCCAAUUAAAAGAAAAAAAUCGACAAAAACAAAUAGAUGAGAAACAAAUUGAAUCAAAGUCGCAAAAAUUUGACGUUAGUAAUAAAAUUCCGAUGUUAACAGGUUUCGAAACUGGUUCUAUAGAUUUAAGUAAAUCUGUAGCACCGAGAAGCAUACAAAAAGCCAAAUUAAACGCUAUAAAAUUAAUCCAAAAAAUAGGUCCGAUAAAAAAAGCGGAUCCGAAUAAUAUACGAGGGACAGGAAUAAAAAGGGCCAUCGAAGACAAUAAAAUAGAAAAUGAUAGUAAAAAAAUAAAAAUAGACGAUAAUCCUUUCACUUCAGAACGAUUUAAAAAAAUAAUGGCAGCCGGUUCUUCCCAUCAAGAAUUAAUAGCUGCUCGAGAAGAAGAAGAGAAAGAUAAAUAUUUUCAUAAAUUAGAAAUGAAGGAAAAAAUGGAAGAGAAGAUGAUUAGUACGCACAAAGUGGCGUGUAAAGCGGUGAAAUGUCUUGAAUGCAAAUACGUCAGUUUUUCAGCUUCUGAUUUUUGUAAAUCUGAGAGACAUCAACUGAAAGUUUUCGACGCCUUCAAGAGAUUUUUCAAAUGUGGUGAUUGUCAAAAUAGGACGGUAAGUUUGGAGAUCGUACCCUUGAAAGCGUGUAAUAACUGCGGGGGGUCCAAUUGGCAGAAAACUGGUAUGAUGAAAGAAAAAAUAGCCACGGCUACACCUAAAUUAUCGAUAAGAGGGGGAGAACAAACUUUCACAAAUUCCGUUGUGACAGACGCAAAUUUAGAUUUGUUAGUGCCGGAAUAAUAUUUUAACAUUUUUGAUUAUAUUAUUGUACAAAUAAAUAUUUUAUUAUC